UAUUCUAGUGACCAAGUCAGGCCACAGCCUCUGAUUUUUGUACUAUAAAUUAACUCUUUUUCUCUAAAUAAAAGGAAAGCUUAAAAGAGAAAGCAACUCUUUUGCUGGGUCAAACCAUAUAUUAAAUAACAGUAUAUGCCUUUUGUUUCUUAUAUUUUAGUAGUAAUAAUGUAUAUACUAAAAUAGUGUCCUCCAUAUGUUGCCAUAACAAAGCCAAAGCAAUAAAACAAAAUGCAUCUUAACAAACAGGAAAAGCACCUUUUACCUCUAACAAUUUGCCAUUUGACAGGAUAUUCCUUCUCCCAUUCAUAUAAAAAUAUGAAAUUUUAACAUCCCAACUUACUUGUGUAUAAAAACUACAAACUAUCCAUUCUUGUUUAUCGCACACGAUGCCUAAUAUCCAUCUUUUACGAUUAGAACUAUCUAAUCUCAUUCGCUCUCUCAGGGAGAGGGCAAUUAUAACAAAUUAAGCACAUGGGUAGGAAGAGAAAAGCUGAAGGACUCAUGAAAAUUCAACGACCGCGGAAGAAAUUUGUUGGAGUUAGACAGAGGCCAUCAGGCAGAUGGGUUGCUGAAAUAAAAGACACCAUACAGAAAAUAAGAGUAUGGCUUGGGACUUUUGACACUGCUGAAGAAGCAGCAAGGGCUUAUGAUGAAGCGGCUUGUUUGCUUCGUGGACCAAAUACUCGCACGAAUUUCUGGACUUCUUCUUCUCCAUCUUCCAAUUCAGCUCUGCCUCAGAAAAUCACUAAACUUCUUCUCAGCAGACUCAGAGAACAAAACAAAUCUGCUGCUGCUGCUGCUGCUGAUUCAUCCAGUUCUACUACCUCUCUGGCUGAAAUUGAUCAUCAGCAGCAGAAGCAACAAGAAAAAAUCGGAAACAGAGUAGUUGAUUUUUCAGAUUCGUUGUAUACUGAUUAUCUCAAUUACCCUGAAGAUAAUGUAACUGAAAACAACGUGAUUGCUCCAAUUACAAGAGAAUUAACAAGCAUAGUUCAAAAUCAGGAAAUUAAUUUUCAGCCUGUGAAUAACUAUGAGAUUAUAGAGAUAGGAGAGGCAAUUAAUAUUGAUGUUGAAGAUAUAGAGUCAGAUAUUGACUUCCAAUUUCGUUUUUCGCCAUUUGAUUUAGCUGAAGAGCUAUCAAUGGAUUUUGGGGAAGAAACAUCAAUUGUAAGUGAGGCAAUGAGGAGGAUGAAUUACGAGAGGAAGUUUUCAGCUUCACUCUAUGCUUUCAAUGGGAUCACGGAAUGUUUAAAGUUGAAGAUGAAAUCUGGAGGCGUAACGCGAUCUGAUCAAUUAUCCAGGAUUCAAAAUGCAUGCAAAAGGAACCUAGUCAAGGAGAGGGAAAACGAAGAACGCAACGCUGGCAAUGACUGAGAAGAAGGAUGAAAAAAAAUUGUUAAACAGUGAAUUCUCCCUCUCGAGCUCUAUUGAUCCCCCAGCAAUAUGCUUCGUUAGUUUAAAUUAUUGACAGAAUCAUUUGUACAAGUUAAAAUUUGUGUCAAUUUGUUGUAUGUUUCCCAAAUGGAAAAAAGGAAAUGUUGGGACUUGUUUUUAUUCAGACAAACAUUUCAAAUUUGACACAAGAAAAUCUUCGUUGGACUCCAAAUGAUCGUCGAUAAGGGGAGAAGAGGGAAUGGGUCACAGACAGACAUCGCGCUCAUCUUGCAGUUCAAUCUGUAAGUAGAUACUGUAGGUAACUGAAAUUCCAUAAACGUUAAAAAAGAGAGUGAGCUAGAUCUCCUAGCGAAUCAAAAGAAAAAAA